AUGGUUGAAACAGGUCACAAUGUCUCGGUGGCCUUCGCGCUUAACAUCGCUGCUGGCGCUGCCACGAUUCUUGGAGGAAUGGUCGUCUUUAGCAAGCGUCUCGUAUACUUGGCCAACCCAUUGAGUUUGGCCGUUGCGCUAAGCAUUUCAUCCGGCGUGAUGCUGUUCAUCUCGUUGGUAGAAAUCUUUGGUGAAUCAGUGCAUCUGCUAACGGAAGGGCUAAAGACCGAUGACAUGACGGAGGAGACGGCAACAGGCCAUGGAUGGCUCUCGGCAACCGCAUGCUUCGCCGUCGGCAUCUUGCUCAUCUACUUCAUUGAUAUCAUUGUCCACAAGAUUUCGCCAGAACAUGAGAUGACGGAGAUUGAAAACCUUCAAGAUGUUCGUGAGUCCAUGCGCGAGUUUGAAAGUAACAAACAGUCGAACAAAUUCUCGACUCCCAACUUGGAGGCCGGUCCGCAAACCUGUGCCGAGCCUACCACCCAAUACUUCAAGAUGGACGAGAAUGCCAAGAAGGCCCUGCAGCGCAUGGGUGUGCUUAGCGCUCUUGCCAUUGGUAUCCACAACCUGCCGGAGGGUAUUGCUACCUAUGUUGGCGCCAUCCAGAACUCUUCUGUCGGAUUCUCCCUCGCUGUUGGUAUUGGUCUGCACAACAUCCCCGAAGGCAUCGCUGUUGCUGCCCCCAUAUACUUCGCCACUGGUUCUCGCUGGCGUGGAAUUAUGUGGUGUGCUAUCUCUGCUGCAGCUGAGCCUGUUGGCGGAGUCAUCGCGUGGUUGGCGAUUGGUGACGGCAUGGACCCCGUCUCGGAGGGUAUCCUGUUUGGAAUCGUGUGUGGAAUCAUGGUGUGCAUUUGUGUGAAGGAGCUGAUCCCUACGUCAUACAAGUUCGCUAAGGGCAAGGAGCACAUUGUUGCUGUGGGCAUGUUUGCUGGUAUGUUCAUCAUGGUUUCUAGUCUAACGCUCUUCGGAUACGCCGGUGUGUAA